UACAAGUGUUCCCUGUGUACCUUUAGCUGUACUAGUAGUAGAGAUUUAAAAAUACAUAUACUAACCCACAAAGGUGAGAAACCUUACAAGUGUUCCCUCUGCAACUACGGCUAUACUACAAGUGGACAUCUAAAAAUACAUAUGUUAACCCACACAGGCGAGAAACCCUACAAGUGUUCCCUUUGUAAAUAUGCAUCUACAUCAAGUCAAAAUUUUAAAAGACAUACUUUAACCCAUACAGAUGAGAAACCUUACAAGUGUCCCCUUUGCGACUAUGGCUGUAAUAGUAGUAAAGAAUUAAAAAUACAUAUAUUAUCCCACACAGGUGAGAAGCCGUACAAAUGUGCCCUGUGCACCUAUGGCUGUACUACUAGUAGAGAUUUAAAAGCACACAUACUCACCCACUCAGGUGAGAAACCUUACAAGUGUUCUCUGUGCAACUAUGGCUGUGCAAGAAAAUGGUCUUUAAAAUUACAUAUACUAACCCACACAGACGAGAAACCAUACAAGUGUUCCCAGUGCAACUAUGGUUGUACUAGAAGAUGUUAUUUAAAAAUCCAUAUGUUUACCCACACAGGUGAAAAACCUCACAAGUGUUCCCUAUGCAAUUAUGGAUGUACUACUAGUAGAGAUUUAAAAAGUCAUGUAUUAACCCACACAGGCGAGAAACCGUUCAAGUGUUCCCUGUGCAACUAUGCCUGUACUAAAAGUGGACAUCUAAAAAGACAUGCAUUAACUCACUCUUGUGAAAAACUUUAAACAUUAACUAUGCAGCUAUGUGUGUAGUAACAGUAAGGUUUUACUGUGUAAAAGCUUUUAACAGUAGAUUCUACACUAUAAAUAUAUAUUGAAUAAAAUGUUGCCAACUUAAAUAAAAACAUUUUUUCCCAAACCUUAAUUUU